AUGGCUGUCGACAGACGGCGCACGAUCGCAGCUAUGGCAGACGUUAUCCGCCCGUUUUAGGGUAGCGGCGUGUGGGCGACGUCGUUGGACAUUGUCAAAUGGCGGAGUCGCUGCCCAAGCAGUUUUUUUUCCGGUAUCGAGUGGCGGGAGAAGAAAAAUGUCAGCCGAUGGAAGUACCCGUUCCUCUGAGUGCGUCUCCUGCGGAAUUUGGCCACCGACAACUGGAAGAACAUGGACUGCCUUUUUACGUGCAAGAAGAUUUAUUCAACCAAUUAGAGGAUUUUGUUUUGAAAGAGACUGAUCACUACUACAGUAAACUGGCUAAGGAUGUAAUUGAAAAUUUCCAAACAGAAGAAAGAGAUAUUAGCCAAAUCAUAAAAAAGUGGAGUUUUGCUUUUAAAGAGGAACAUGCUCAGUAUGCAAAGCCAGAAGAAUUAUCUAAAGAUGCAAUUUUUGCAUCUAUGUAUCACAGUCUAAUUCAUUCUCCAGCUCUUGAAACCAUGUUAAAUCUUGAACAUUCUUAUUCCUUGCAAAUUGGAGAACUGAUUCAGGAACGUGAUACAGCAUUAUCAAAAUUGCAGAAAAGGCAGUCUGAAGAAAUGGAAAAUGCAGUACAAAAAGUGGGCAUUGUUUAUACAGAUCGUGACAUUAAUGAAUUAGCAACACAACAUUUUGAAGAAAAUCAGGUUUGAUUUAAUAAGAAUUAAAACUAAUUUUUGAAUUAUUUAUUUUAUAUUAAAAU